GCCGUGAAGGCAGCGGCAGCCCUCUCUCCUCCGCCUGUCCAUCCAUCGUUCGCCGGUCUGCCGUAGCGGACCGAAGCCUCAUUCUCCUCUUUCUUCCUCGCCAACGUGCAUCACUCGAGACGCACAAGUUUCGUCGCCGUCGGCUCGUCUCGGAAUCGCUCCGCUCCGUUAUCACCGGCGCUUCUCCUUCCCGGUUUUAAUCCUCAUCCCUGUACUUUCUGUAUCCCCCCUUCUACCUACCCCCUGACUCGAGGACCCAGUCUGGUCUAACACUGGGCGUAGCUGGAGAGGAUUUCUCGCUAGCUUCGCCGCUCCACUGACGGACCAAACUUUGCCGUCUCCAGAAAGCCUCUAGAGUUGUGGCCAUCCUGUGAGAUUUAAGUCAGUCAGCCCUGCCCUGCAGAGACGGACCACUACCAUUCAAGGGGAGAUGAAGCCGGAUGGAGUUGCCAUAGCAGCAAUGGAGCCAAUGGAAACAUUGGAGUCCAAUCCAGUAAAUGAGGCAGCACCGGCUGCAGGACAGGAGCCCAACCAGGCAGCCAGUGCAGUGGAGGGGGAGAUGCCACAGCAGCCGGCAGGAGAGACAGGUCAGGGAGAACCACACUCAGACCAGUCCAAGGAAACCGCAGCUGCCAAGACCAGCAACAAGACCUCAGGAGACCCCAAAGCCAAGACUACCAACAAGGCCCCAGCCAAGACAAAGCCCGGCGCCACUAACCCAACCAAGACCACACCCGGCUCACGGCCCAACACAUCCCAGAGCCGCCUCUCAAACGGCGUGUCUAAACCUCAGACCAACGGUGUGGCAAAGAAGACCACGCCUGCUGCAGACAAAAAGAGCACCCCGACCUCAGCUCCAUCCAAAAAACCAACAGGGACGGCUGGGGCCCCAGCCUCCAAGACCACCACCAAAGUGGGUGAGAAGAAAGCCACAGGGACUGGCCCUAAUACCAACAGUGCAAAGUCAGCGACCGGAACGGCAGCCAAAAAGACACCUUCCACAACUGCUAAUGGUGCCAAAUCCAACACCACGGCAGCUGCUGCUAAAAAGCCCGCAGCCCCGAAACCUGCUUCUGCAACACCCACCAAACCGAGCUCUGUUGCCUCACCCAAACCUGAUAAGCCCCCAGUUUCCAAGACAACCAGGACCCCAACCAGCACGGGAGCAUCAUCUCGUCCUGCCACGGGCUCGACUCGGCCACCCACUGCCAGCACAGCCAAGAGCUCCACAGCUACAGCCAAACCUGCCACCCCUAAAACACCCUCAGCCACUGCCAAGCCUGCUGCCCCCAAAUCCACCUCCACUACCCCCUCUGGUGGCAAACCUCCAGGAUCACAAACAUCCAGAAACGCAACCCCUGUGAAAAAAGAUGUCACCAAACCAGCCACCCCAGCAUCCAAAAAGCCUGCAGAGUCCCCCCUCACUCGUCCUUCCUCUACAACAAAGUCAAAACCUGAGACUCCCAAGUCAGCUUCAAAAUCAGACGUCGCCACCAAAAAGCCUACUGCCAGUAAGGCUGCAGACACAAAGACGCCCAUCCGCAAGGAGAGUAAGCCCACGCCUUCCAAGGCUCCCUCCAAAGCACCUGCAACCAAGACUUCCAGCCCGAAGAAAACUGUGGGAAGCAGCACCCCAACGCCUGUGAAACGCGGUCCCAAACCCACGGCAGCUGCUGAACCUGAAAAGGAGAUCGCUGCAGCAGUAGCCGCGGCUGCAGCUAUUGCUACUGCGGCAGCUGUCGUUGCCGGGCCAGAGCAGGCAGAGCCUCCAGUAGAAGUGGCUUUGGAGCCAUCUGCUGUGCAAAUAUCAGAGCCCACACCAGAACCCCUCCGUGAACCAACGGCAGAACCCCUACGUGAACCAACACCAGAACCCGUACGUGAACCAACACCAGAACCCGUACGUGAACCAACCCCAGAACCCGUACGUGAACCAACACCAGAACCACUACGUGAACCAACACCAGAACCCCUACGUGAACCAACCCCAGAACCCGUACGUGAACCAACACCAGAACCACUACGUGAACCAACACCAGAACCCGUACGGGAGCCAACACCAGAACCCGUACGGGAGCCAACACCAGAACCCGUACGGGAACCAACACCAGAACCUAUACGAGAACCCACACCAGAACCUAUACAACAACUAAGUUUCAACAAAGUACAAGAAGCAUCUCCAGAACCCCCAGUAGAACAACUCCAAGCUGAACAGGUCCAUGAACCAGCCUCCAGUGUACAGUUGGACCCUUUCAAAUUUGAAGUGUCUGCCAACAACUCGGUUCCUUCACUGGGAACCACUGUCAUGUCUCCUCCUUGCUCCCCACCGGGACCUGCUUCUCCUGUCAGAGAACCACAGAAUGCCUCCUCCCUGAUGGACAUGCAUGUCCAGCCUGAUCUCUGGGACAGGGACCAGGACCUGGUUCAGUCUGACAUGCCUCCCCAGAGCACAGUCAAUAUGAUGGGCUUCCAAAGAGAAGAGGAAGAGGAACGGGAAAAUGAUGAAAAGUUUGAGACGCAGGAGUCACAGGAUGAGGAGGACCAGGAAGAAGAGGAGAAGGAAAACCUGUUCAUGCCUACCUCCACAGCUCCAGGGACCUUUAAUGUUUUGGCGCAACCUCAAUUUUUGGGUGCCUCACCUCUGGAUGAUUUCACUCCCAGAGAACUGAUCUCCCCUCAUGAAAAAGAGGAGGCAGUGGAAAAGGCUGAUGAGGAAAUCAAUGAGGAUGACGAUGAGGAGGAUGAUGAAGAUGAGGAACAGAGGAGACUGGGCCAUCAGCCGUCAUCCAUGAUCACUGACUUGAGCUCGUCUCAGCCGUCUGAUGACUUCCAAGUCCGGUCCUCGACCUUUGGUGGCUCGGCAGGUUGGCACGGUGACGACCUGCUGUCUGGGAUGGACUCUGAGGAUGUGAGCAGCUGCACCAGCAGUCGGCAGCAGGGAGUCUCUGACCUCAGCAGCACCCAGCACACCGCAAUACUGGAGGGCACCCAGAGCUCAGACGCCUUGGUGGACACCAGCCUGCGUGGUUCCGAGGGUGAUGGUAAUCUAAUGGGUUCUCCCAAUGUGGAAACCCUGGCUAAUGAGGAGGAGGAGGAUGACGAGGAUGAAAGGGUGGAUGAUAUGGACCUGAGUUCAGAGAGAGUAGAGGAACCUCACAGAGCGUUCCAGGAGCAGGAACGAGAUGAAGAAGAGGACGAUGAUGUGGAGAUGCACAGUGAAGGCGUCACUGAGAGCUGUGGGAAUGCAGAUGAAGAUGACUUUAAUGAGGAGGAGCGCUUAGACAACCUCAAUCGCUCUGGUCCUCCGCCUUGCGUCCCCCCUGCCUCUUCCUGGGGCCAGACCAACCCUUUCUCAGACACCUGGGCUCAGCCGGCCUCCCUGUUGUCUGUGUCCUCCCCCAGCCCUGUGUCUGACCACGGUGCUGCUGAAUCUGAGACGCCCACCCAGUCUCCUGCCCAGGCCUGUUUGGACGCCAGUGCCCCUUCCUUCGCUCCUCAGUCGGAGCAGCAUGAGUUAGUACAUGAAGACAUGAAGGGCUCAGCUCCUGAAGAAACUCACAACCUCCUCGCUCCCCCAGCCGUAGCCAUGUCCCAGUCCAGCACUCUGAGCGGCACAGCUCUGGCCGCCCACAGCAGCAGCGAGACGAGCACACCAGAGGAGCUCCGCGACUACGACAGCAGCUCUGGGGUCGAGUCCCGUUCAGACAAGCAGCAGACUCCAGUACCGGCUUCAGUCCAGCCCGACAUGGAGCAGGAUCUGGGUAUUCACUUAGAGAAGGGCGAUGGAGAAGAGGAGGAGGCUGAGACUCUCCCCGCUGAUGAGGUCCUGGGAACAGGACCCCCAACAGCUCCAGCAUCCGCCCCUUCUUCCCCCUCCACCUCGGGAGACGAGGCCAGCGACACAGAGGGUGAGAUGCAGAUCAAUGACCCUGAUGCGCCGAUGAUGAUGGAUGAGAGCGCUGGGUUUGAAAGCCCCCCUCCCACCUGUAACCUGCCCGCUCUUGAGGAAGACGAGGAGGCAGGGGACCACGCAGCCGGAGAGGGCGAAGAGGACGGAGGUGGGGCCACACCUCAGUCAGCUAAUUCCGUGGCAUCCUACGGCUUUGACUGCACCACGUCCAACUCCAACGCCCACUCCAUGGCCGAGAGCUGCGGGAAAAGCCCAGGGAUCUUCUCCCUGGAGAACGAGGAGCAGCUUCCAGAGGAGGCCAAGGACCCCUCCCUCAUCAAGGAGCUCACCCUGCCAUCAGCUGCUGCUGCUGCGCAGGUGGAGGACCUGCUGGGCAGACCCGUGGACCUGAUGCCUUUGGGCCACCCAGGAGACAGCCAUCCCAGCCUGGGCGAUCACCAGUACAUGCUGGGGGGAAAGAUGGCGGCCGACGAGCUGGAGGAUGUGGAUCCACUGGAGCCCAGCCACCACCUCGGGGCCCAGGAUUCCGGAGACACCGACGACAGCCAGCCGCCCUACUACUCUACCAUAUGUGAUAAGACUGAUAGUUUUCUGGCAGGAGACGAGAAGAGGCACGUCGUGGACCGAGCUCACAUGUGGCAAACGCUCUCACAGCAAGACAACCAGAACCAGAACCACACGACCGCACUUCCCAUAGCGAAUGGCCACUACUUGGCACUGGUCCCCGGCAACAGGAGGCCCAUUGAUCCCAGUCUCGCCGCGCAUUUUGCCAAGAUCGCGCCCCCUCCGCCUUUGAUUGAGCCCAACGGUGCCGGUCGCGCUGGUGGAGAACAGCUGAGGAGGCUGGAGCAGCACCAGGAAAAGCUGAGAGAGAUGCAGCAGCGCCAGGAGCAGGAGAGGCAGAAGAGGCAGUGGCUGGAGGAAGAGCGGCUGCGGCUGGAGCAGCAGAAGCAGCUGGAGAAGCAGCGGCGGGAACUUCUCCAGCUGCAGCUCCAGCAGCAGCAGCAGGAGCACCGCCACCGCAGGCAGGUCCUGCAGUGGCAGCUGGAGCUGGAGCAGCAGUACCGCAUGCAGCAGAAACAGAUCCAACAGCAGCAGCAGUUGAGGAGGAGCCCCACCGGAGUGAUGAUCUCUCCGUCCUCGGGGCUCUGCACCAUCUACGAAGCCAUGGAGACCAGCGACGAGGAGGACGAGGCCAGAGGAGAGCAGAGGAGGAACACGCAGCUGGUGGGGAAGAGGACGUCGCCCUCCCAUGAUUCUCAGAGGCAGCUGCGCCCGGUGCCUCCGCAGGAACUGGAAUGGAACAAGAAGGUGGACAUGGUGCAGCAGCUCAUCAACCAGACCCUGAUGCUGUCUGGUGACGGCGGCUGCCCUCCUCUCCUGCUCCUCCCUGUGGGGUCAGGAGGAACCCUGAGCCCCCUGGAGAGCAGCAUGUGGCCCAACAUGCUUCCUCAGUUCAGCCCUCCGGCCGCCACGGUCACCUCAGUCAGCAGCUACUCUCCGGACAGCCGGGGCAGCUCUCCGCCCGGAGACUGGACUGUGGUGGAGGUGGAGACCCAGCACUGAAGACAGCUAAUCAACGGGUGGUUUAGCACAUGAUUAGCAACAUAAGGGAAGAGUUUGGCAUUUUCUGAAAUUUACACUGCCAGUCAAAAGUUUGGAUACACAUUCUCAUUCAAUGGUUUUAUUCAUUAAAAUUAUUUUCUACUUUGUAGAUUAAUACGGAAGACAUCAAAACUAUGAAAGAACACAUAUCAGAAUCAGCUUUAAUGGCCACACAACAUACAAGGAAUGGGGUUUUGGUUGUUUGAAUAUGGAAAGAGAAUAAUAAUAAUAAAAAAUAGAAACUAUAGAAAGAAGAACAGGGAAAAAAUUGUAAUUAAAAAAAUGGCACAAUAUAUUCAGAUAUUUACAAGCUAGAAAGUAUAUAUAAACACGGUAGUGCAAAAUGAUAAUUGCUAUAUAAUUAUACAGUGCAAAAAGCAAAGAAUGCUGUUCAUAGUGCAAAAAAUACUGAACAUAUCCAUUGGUUUACUGUCUUUUGUACAGGUGUGGAGGAAUGGCUCAGCUGUUUAUUAGGGUGGUGGCAGUGGGCCAGUGGAAUUAUGCUGUAAACAAAAAAAUGUUAAACAAACCAGAAUAUGAUGGUCUCAAACACAUUUAGAAGGAAAGUAAUUCCAGAAAUGGACUCUUGACAAGGCACACCUGUUAAUUAAAAACCAUUCCAGGAGAAGACUACCUCAUGAAGCUGAUGGAGAGAAUACCAAGAGUUAGCAAAGCUGUCAUCAAACAAAAGGGGGCCACUUUAAAGAAUCUAAAAUGGCAAACAUUCUGAUUUGUUUAUCACAACAUAAUUCCAUAUGUGUUCUCUCAUAGCUUUAAUCUACAAUGUAGUAAAUAAUUAAAGUAAAUAAAAACCAUUGAAUGAGAAGGUGUGUCCAAGCUUUUGACUGGUAGUGUAUGUGGUUACUUUCUGGCAUAGAGUUAAACUUCUGAAUCUGAAGAUCCAGAGCUACAGUAGCUCAAUGCAUGUAGUUAAUUUACACAAAAAUGUAACAGUUAUCUCCAUAUUAUAUGGGGGUUAUUACCAAAUUAACAAUUUUUGUAUAGAUCGGUGUUAAUGAUCUUUAAAAGCGGUGGUUUAUUACCUUCAUGCAGAUCCACACCAGUUGUUUCCAGUCUUUAUGCUACAGUUGCAUACAAAAUUAUUCAACCCCCCUGACGUUUUUGACAUUCUGGCAAAAUUAGCAACUUUACAACUGCAGGCGAUUACUAAUCAUAUAGAUGUCCACAAUUUCAACAUUUUUGGGAAAUCUUUGAACAUUUUUUGGUGGAAAAAAAAUGUUUCUUAAGAACAUUCACAAAAAAAAUCAACCAAAAUCCAGCGAAAUUGGCUGGAUUUUGGUAGAUUUUUUUCUGAAUGUUCUUCAAGAAAAUAAUAGAAGUUUUACUGAUAUAUAUGUAAUCACUUUAGAUAUUUUUAGGAUUUUUUGGAAGAUUUUUACUCAUUUUUUCAAAAUAAGAAUUUUCUUGCCACAUUUGGGGGAUUUAAAAAAAAAAAAUUUUAAGGGAAACUUUUAAGAAAUUAUUGGAAUUUUUUAUCCUGAAGGUUUUGUAAAUUUUCAGAAAUUUGGGGAAUUUUUUUGCUGAAUUUUUGUAUUUUUUUCAGACAAGGAAACAAUAUUUUUUGGUGCCUGUAAAUGAGGACAACAGGAGGGUUAAUUUAGUGAUCUCCUGCAGUUGUAACGUUGCUCAUUUUGCCAGAAUGUCAAAAAUGUCAGGGGCGUUGAAUAAUUUCACUUGCAACUGUAUGCUAAGCUAAGCAGCUGCUGGCCUUUACUCCUGUCCUGUUUAUUAUUCUCCAUGUAGACGUUGGAUUUCCUCCCUGUACCUGCUAUGGCCUCCUUCCACAGUCCAAAGAUGUGCAUGGCAGGCCGUAAAGAGUGAUCUGUCUGACUUCUGUAAAAGCUCCAGCCUUCCACAACCCACAGAAGUGGCUGUAGGUAAUAAAUAGAUGGAUCUUCUUAUCUUACUCUGCCAAUAAUUCCAGAAAAUGUCAAAGUCUUCCUCUCAUCAUGAAUAUGCACCCUAAGACUGAAAGCUUUUGACAGAUUUGUGUCUAUAUAUCAAUCAUAAAACUCUUUUUUUGAGCCACACAUGAAUUUCUGGUAACAUCUUCACACAAUGUUCCAUUUUGUCAUCAUCAUAUGACCGUGCAAACUGGAUUUGAGAGUAACAAUCCUCAUUCUUUCAGAACAAAUCCAGUGUUUGCUCCCCGUGUCAUCGAUUACUGUAACCCAGACAUGCAUAUCUCACACUAAAGCCUCUCGCAUUAAAGCAUGUUUCCUUAUAAUACGCUCACUGAAACGCGCUGUUAGAACUCAAAUCCGUCUUUAUAGUCACUUUUUUACAACCACAGACCAAACUCUGGUCUCCCUCCAUCCCAUAGGAGGGGUUAAGCUAUGACGAAUUGCACUGAUUUUCCUCCUUUAUUUACUGUGUUUAUACAGGUAAGUGGCAGUCAGUCAGUACUGUUUUUAUAAUAAUUAUAUUUGUGGAUACCCAAAAAUUUGUGGAAAUGUGUGAAAACCCUACUCUAUUGUGUCCUCUCCACCCUCUGUGGUGCGUUUGCUGUGUUGGUGUGACUUCACCGGACCAACCGAGGCUUUCAUGGACUUAAUGGAGCUGUCAGUUAUGGGAGGAAGCGGGAGGAAGGGGAAGGAUGGGGGAGGAAGAGGGAAGAAGGCCCUCCUUGUUCAGCUGUGAGGGGGUGACAGGAGGCUACCAGGGGGGUGCAGUUGUUGUCUUCCCUCUCGCAUUCCAAAGCUGCAACCUCAUUUCCUGGGUCGGCCGGUAUUCAGGGAGUCGCCGAGGUUACAGAUGAUGUCAUGGUGCGGGAGAGGAAGGAGGAUGAGGUGAUGUACCAGCCCGGUGGGUUGAAGUGACGGGUACCAACACUUCAGCUCUCCCCAAUCCCUAUUUUUGUGUUAUUUAUAUCAGCCAGACUGCUCAGAGUUCCUCCACAUGAUCCUCUGUUGUGUCAGAUUCUGUGAUUUGUGCUAUAUUAUUCAGCUUAAAACCAGGCGAUUGAAACCUUAAAUAUCAAUAACUGUGUUUUUUUUAAUGUUUUUUCUCGAAAGCACCUGUUUCUCUUUGUGUCUGUACAAGGUAGGUGAUGUCAGUGGGAGAUGGCAGGAAUAAAGAGGCGACGGCGCCACCUGUUGGCCGCACGAGCGUCACACUAACCCACUUUCCACAUAAAAGCUCUUACAUGAACCCAUUAGCUCUGUGUUUUCUGUCUAUUAUCCAGUAGCCUUUAUGUGCUUCUGCUGCUGUUGCUAAAAUGCACAAUUUUAUAUGAAGAAUUACAGCGAUCCUAAAUUCCUAUUUGACUAAUAAAUAAAUAAAUAUUUGAAAGCAGAAUAUAGUUUUCUAAGCCGUUUAUACUGCAGCUGAGCUAAGCAUGCUGUGUCAGAUUCUAUUUGUGUAAAAAAACAACGUGGCCACUACUGUUGUAUGCUGCUAUAUUAUCAUAUCCAGAGUUUCUACUGUGUAAUUUAUCACCUUAUAUACUAAAAAGCACAACUAAUAAUAUUAAUAAUAAUAAUGCAUGCGUUUAUGAGAGUGGACCUAUAUGUGCACCUACAUCGUUUUAACUUAGUCUACAGUGCCUCGAGUUCCUCUACAUUGAUAUUUUUGUGUACCUUUGCUAUCAGAUUUCAUAUCAUACAGUUAGUAUUGAAUAUAAGUGUUUACAUUCCUCAUAUUUUAAUAUUUGUUCUGUGAGUGUUUGCCAUAUUCUUCUUUUGUAUUGCGGAACCUUUCUGUGGUGUUGUGCCAAUGGUUCAGUCAUUUAUAGUAUGAAAUGUGAACAAUCACCGCUUCCAGUAAUAAAUAAGAUUGCUUGAAAUCA